AUGGAGGGGAUGAAGCGCGUAGCCCACUUGGCUGCACACUCCGGCCCCGCGUGGCAAUGCGACUUUAGCAGUCGAGGAAUUGUCGCGUCAUGUGGAGCAGACGGCCUCAUACAACUCUGGGGAGCCCCUAAUGGCUCCUCUUCUUGGAGUUGCCUGGGAACAGCCGGUCAGGAUGCACACAGCCGCGCGAUUCGUACGGUUGCAUGGACACCCGAUGGAGCCUUCCUAGCUGCGGGGUCCUUUGACUCUACAGCCACCGUCUGGCAGGUAAAACAGCGGCCGCAACGGCAACUCCAGCAGGAAGAAAGCUCGAAGGAUAACCUAGUUGAGACAGAGGAGCACGAUCGACGGCAAGAUGCCCCUAAAAGCUCCAGAGUUCAUAUGGGCCUUCUUCAGACACUGGUCGGACACGAGCACGAGGUGAAAGGAGUGGCGUGGAACUGCACAGGAUCUUUCUUGGCAACUUGCAGCAGAGACAAAAGCAUUUGGAUAUACAAGCGGUCUGGGCUAGAGGAUUGGGGUGAACAUGCAACUGACGGCCCCCGGAAGCAACACUCUACAGACGAUGACGGGGAGUUCGUGGUUGCAUCGGUUCUCACUGGCCACUCGCAAGACGUCAAGGCCGUUCGGUGGCAUCCCCGUAGGGACUGGCUAGCUUCAGCCUCAUAUGACGAUACCAUAGCCAUUUGGGGUGUAGGAGGUGACGAUUGGAUUAUGCUGAAAACUCUACGCGGACACGCCUCGACUGUAUGGUCCGUCGCGUUUGAUAGCUUGGGCAGUCGCCUCUUAUCCGCAUCUGCCGAUAGAACUGUUCGGCUCUGGACGUGCCUCCCAGCCGACGUUCAGCCAUCCCGGCGGUUGCCUACCUUGGCUCAGUGGUAUGUGGCACCCUUCUUGCGUCCUUUGGAGGCAGCAGCAGCUGCAGUGGCAUCUUCAGCAGAAACAGUUGAGGAAACUGCAAAAACGGCUAGCGAUGAAGAGACAGACCUGCUAGCGCUGCAGCAGCCGGAAGCCUGGAGAUGCUCAGCGGUUCUGCAGGGCCAGCACCGCGGUGUGGUGUACGCGGUGUCUGUACACCCCGAAAAGAACAUUUUUGCUACCGCCUGCGGGGACGGAUGUAUCCGUAUCUACGCACUGUCGGAAGCAGGGGCUAGUCUUCUUCACUGCGAGGAGAAGGCACACCAGUCGGAUGUCAACAGCAUUGCUUGGAGCAAAGAUGGUGGGGAUGAGCUGCUUUUGGCCUCUGUGGGAGAUGACGGAUUUCUGUCGAUUUGGCUUCUAGAUCUUCCAAUUGAGGAUUGA